UAAAGAAAUAGUAAUAUGAAAUCAACUCGUCAAAAAAAAGCUAGAAAAAAUUUAGCCUUUUUUAUUAAUAAUUUCAAAUUUAGAUCACCGUUUCAAGUUCUUAUUGAUGGUACAUUUGCUUUGGCUGCUCUAGAGGUUUAAUAAUUUAAUAUACAAGAUCAAUUAUCAAAAUAUUUUCAAUCUGAUAUAAAAUUAUUAACUACACCAUGUAUAAUUUUGGAAACAGAAAAAUUAAGUUCAUUUUCAAAAGCAGUUAGUGGUGCUAUGCAAAUAGUUAAACAAUAUCCUAUACAUAAAUGUGGACAUGAAAAAUACUCAAUUAGUGGUACAAAAUGUUUACAAUCCAUGAUUGGAAAAAAUAACUCAUUUAGAUAUAUUAUAGCUACACAAGAUAGAGAUCUUCAGGAUAAUUUAAGAAAAAUUCCAGGUGUUCCAAUAAUAUAUUUGCAUGGUAAAGCACCAACAUUGGAAGCACCUUCACAAGCUAGCCGUAAAUAUGCUGAAAAUAUUCGUAAAGGACUAGGAAUGACUGAAAGGGAAAAAGAAAAUAUUAAAAUAUUAAAAGAAGCAGCUGGAAUAAUAGAAAAAACAGAAGUAAAAUUUAAAAAAAAGAAAAAGAAAGGUCCAAAUCCUCUUAGUUGUUUAAAAAAAAAGAAAAAAACACAAACAAACAUUUUAAAAAAUACCAAUGAGAAAAAUUCUGGUAAAGUUAAAAAAAGAAAAAAAAUAAAAAUAGCAGCACAUAUUAAAGAAGCAGUAGUUGCAGAAAUAAAGAAUAAACUAGAAAAAGAAAAAUGAAUUAAAAAUAAAUAUUUGUUCAAAAAAAUUUGUAUAUGAAUAAAUUAU